AUGCCGAACGAGGCCAUGAGAGGCCUUGUGGCCAACCGGUUCGGGAAAGGAGGGCUUCCUGUAAUUUGUGCGGAUUGUUUGCCUUUGUGGGAACGCGCAAAACAAAAUUGUGACAAAGCACUGGCAUCCGAUGGGGGUUCCUUUUUUCUAAGCACAGCGCAUGCGUUUGUUUCGCGAGACAUGGGCGCAGGUGCUUUCGAUCACAAGGGUGCGUGGCAUCCCGGCGUCGCCAUGCACCGGACCUGCAAGUGGGAACCCAGAUGCGAUAGUACCGCGACAGGUGCUCUUGACAGUGCACUGGCCUGCGCCACCGAUAUUGAUCGUCUCAGUGCAUUUGCGCGGAGAUUCAUUUGCGUAAGCAGCCGGUCAGAGGCGAUUCGCCAGGCGGCGUUGCGCAGGCGGCUCGGGCAACGGAGUAUGCGUAGUACUGAAACGGUGAAAGCAUAUCUGAAUGCCCUGGAUACACAAUCAUUCAUUCUUCCUUUCUAUUUUUAUCGCGCGCUGGCGGAUUUGGCUUCUUUCUUACAGCUACAGGAUGAGAGAAAAGAUGAAUUGUUGUACGGACUGGAACACACUUGGACUACUGGGUAUGGGUCUGGUUGCAUUUUAAAUUUGUUAUUGUUUGACGGCGAGUUUGUUUUCGCGCGGGAUCAAAAUGAGUUCUUGGGCAUGGCUGGAGCCGCGCGACCGCGCAUUGCCGAUGGUGAUGUUGCGGCGGUGUACGCCUUGUUGUUAUUCUUCUCGCCAUGGGGCGAGGCUGUUAUGGCAUGUGGUGCUGGCGAUGGCAUGCCAGAUGCGCUGUUGUUCCGGAUGUUGCGUUUUUUCUUUCGCCUCUGCGAAUUGCGAAAAGCGCACCUGCGCAACCGGUCUUGGUUCUAUGCUGCCUUCGCAGCCGUGGCCGAGCGCGAGAAGGAGAUCGCCAAGCACGCCGUUCGAGCGCCCAUGAUGUUUUGA